UUCUAGUCUGCAAGUCCUCCGAAUUUUGGAUUGCUAUAAAGUGUCUGAAAAAAGUUUUGCUACGAAAGCUGAAGAAAUGGAUAAGGCAGCAAUUUAUUUUGUUUUUACUUUGUUGGUGAUCUUCGAGUUGUAUUCUGUCGUUUGUUCCGAGACGGAUGACGCAAAUUUUGAGAUGCGUAUAAAUGAGAGAGGAACUCGUUUUACUGAAAAGAUCCAAGUCGGUGAAAACGAGAAUACUGUUUUCUUCGACGUUCCAAAGCACAACAACGUUAAUCGUUCUGAAGUGUUGAACGAUUUCAAUCUGGGCUUAACAAUUACCCGCGUACCAGAUGUGGGCAUAUGUCACAUUAAACCAUUGGAAAAAGGUUUGUCAAAUCCUGGAAAAUUGAAAGAUGACAUGAAUUAUAUAAAGAAAAUGAAUGGUUGGGGGGAAAGAAACUCAAGUGUUUUAGUGAGUUCCACUGAAUGGACUAUUGAUAAACAACUGGUGAAGAAAUACUUAAAUCCUACGGUGGCUACGUUUUGCGGUGAUUUGCCAGUUUACAGUUUGAAAGAAAUCACCAAAGAUGGAAAUGAUCAAAGUCAAAGAAAGCGUACAGCAUCCGAAUUUCAGUUUUGCCCGGAGGUAAUGAAGCAAAAGAACAAACCACGGCCAUGUAAUCCUGACAAAUGGAUACUGAAUUGCAAGUUCGUAAUAUCAGGAACAUGCGUCUGGUGGGCAAAAUGUGCUUUCCCAAUCGUAAAUGUCAACUUCAACUUGAAAAAUUGCAACUUUAAUCACAACUGGAGUUCCGUUAUGUGUUGUGUUCCUCUCUGUCCACCAACCAAGUGAUGCUACAUGCAAGGACUGAUGAACGAUGACGAGUAUUAACUAAGUGCAUAUUUAGCGAUAUAUAUCUACACAAUGAAUAGACAUUACAUGUAAGGGAUUGACUACUAAUCAUAGCCAUAGUUAUUUCAUGGCUUAGAUUUACGCAAAACGGGGAAUAAAAAUUUAAAUAAAAGCAUUAUUAAUUAUAAUAACUUGUAGGUAC